AAAAAGAGAAUAAAUUGAAGGAAAAAGAAAGUGAGUUGAAGGAAUUAAACAAAAACAAUAAUUCUCCUUCCAAUAAUCAACCUGAUAAAAGUGGAAAUUCCAAUUUAUUGCUUUAUGUUGGUCUCGCAGCGAUGGGAGCAAUCAUUAUUUUGCUUGCC